CAUCCUGAGGGGAGGUAAUUUGCACGGAUCAAGGGGGCAAGGCGCCGCAAAGUAUAAAUACUGUGACUUCAAUAGAGGAUCACCAGCAGGUUCCCAACUCCGCUACCAAAGGAGGAGGAAUUGGCUGAGAAGAUAUAUCUUCGUAUAUUUUUUUCCACCUUCAUUCACAGUUGGCUGCAUCACCUUGUAUCAUUUUCAAGGGGCUGACUUUAAAACGAGCCACAUCAUUGAUGUCUUAAGCUGUCGAGGAGCAAAGGGAGAGUGUAUGUGUGUGUGUGAGUGUGUGACAGUGUGUGAGUGAAUGUGUGAUUUUUUUCCUUUUUUUUUCCUCGAAGAGGAGAGGAAACAGUGAUGGAAGAGCUCACUGCUUUCGUGUCCAAGUCUUUCGAUCAGAAAGUGAAGGAGAAGAAGGAAGUGAUAACGUACAGGGAGGUGUUGGAAACCGGAGCAAUGCGCGCAGGAAGCAGGGAGUCUUUAUCCGCGGAACCGGGAAGCCGAGAGGACGCGGCCGCCGUUACGCGGAACGUUGCGCUGUCGCCGGGCAGGGAAACGGACAUGCUCGGCCCGGACAGAAUCAGAGACAGCGGGAGCCCCAAAGUCAUUGACGGCACCACGGACGUGAAAGACAGGAAAGAGGACUCGAAGCCCUUAGAGGAUGAGACACAAACAAAGAUCAAACAGAGAAGAAGUCGGACUAAUUUCACAUUAGAGCAGCUCAAUGAGCUGGAGCGGCUCUUCGAUGAAACCCACUACCCGGAUGCCUUUAUGCGGGAGGAGCUAAGCCAGCGACUGGGACUGUCGGAGGCCCGAGUGCAGGUUUGGUUCCAGAAUAGAAGAGCCAAAUGUAGAAAGCAGGAGAACCAGUUGCACAAAGGAGUCCUGAUUGGAGCAGCGAAUCAGUUUGAAGCUUGUCGUGUAGCACCAUAUGUCAACGUCGGGGCUUUACGGAUGCCAUUCCAACAGGAUAGUCAUUGCAACGUGCCGCCCUUCUCCUUUCAGGUGCAGGCGCAGCUGCAACUGGACAGCGCCGUGGCCCACGCGCAGCACCACCUGCACUCGCACCUGGCUGCGCAUGCGCCCUACAUGAUGUUCCCCGCGCCACCGUUCGGACUCCCGCUGGCCACGCUUGCGGCGGAGUCCGCCUCCGCCGCCUCCGUGGUCGCCGCCGCCGCGGCAGCCAAAAACACCAGCAAGAACUCCAGCAUCGCCGACCUGAGACUGAAGGCCAAAAAGCACACGGCCGCUUUGGGACUGUGACGCCAUGGAGACGCCAGGACACGAGGCGUGGACACCGUCCGGCACUGAACAAAAACCCUCACAAAGUGGACCCCCCCCCCAACAAAUAUUCCUGGGACAAACUGAAAAAAAAUCCGUUAGCCAUGGACGUAUUAAUUUAUGCUUUGUAAAUGAAGGAGGAGGAGAAUAAAGAAUAAAUAUAGGCUAUUUAUGAAAUAGAGAGGACAAUGACAAAAAUAGCCUCCAUUUUUUUUAUUUCAAGCCAAAAAGAGUGGCUUCAUGCACCAGGAGGAGCCUGCUCUGCAGACACAUGGCUGAAGAGGCCGGUGGGACACCCUGAGGAGGCGCAUGAAGGAGGAGGAGGAGGAGGAGGAAGCAGCUGGCACGGUCGAUACUUUGUCAAACAAAGCGAACCACUCUGCAGUUGUACUGUUCGUGUUCGGUUUUAACGUGAUAUUAUUGUUGCUCUGAUUCUACUUCGUUCAUAAAGAGGCUGGCCUCAUCAUAUUUCAAAAAACAAACAAAAAAACUUUCUCUGCAAAAGGACGGAGAGGGAAACCUUUGGCAAAUAAAAAGACAACUUAGGAGUUGUUCCUUCUUCUGUUUCAUGUCCAGUUUGGAGGAAAGAAAAAAAAAAACAAUGCCUCUGCGGUGUUUGCAUGAGUUUGUGAGCCACCUUUCCCCCCGUUUGGUCCCGUCUCCUCUGUCCUUUUAACGCGUGAAUGUUGGGGCCUGCGUGACCUUCUCCUUGGACCUUUUUGGCCAACAGACGUGAGGUUGUGAGACACGCACAGGCUUUGUUAAACGUGACCAUACUUCCAUUCAUAUUAACAAACUGAUGUCCUUUUGAAGGAGUCACAGCCAACAACAACAACACUUAGGGGAGUUAGGUUUACGCAAACCGGUACGGGCACCUGUAAGAUAUGUUAAUACACAAGAAACAUGCAUUAUUUUUUAUUAUUUAGUGGCUUUAUGAAUGCCUUGUGGGAAAUUUGAUCCUUUUUUAAAAACUUUGUUUCUGUGUAAUAAAUUCACGUGCUUAGCCGAUGUAAUUUUGAUGUUUUUUUAAAAUAAAAAUCUCACCUGAGGCAGGGGUUUCUUAAAAAAAAAGAAAGAGUAUUCAUGAAAUUGUUUUACUUUUUUCCAUAACAUGUGAGACGUGAAUUAACGAAAUGUCUUUCGUUCUCAUAAUAAAUCAACUAAAGUUUCUUAAAUGAGUUGACUUUUUUAUUUUUUUAACAAUUCAAUCGUUUUUUUAACAAAUUAUUAUUACUAUUAUUAUGAUUAUUUUUAUUAUUAGUGUUGUUGUCGUUAUACCACCGAGAGGAACUGAUCUUAAAUAAUUCAUGACUUUAGCUGGAGCUCUUUUGAUAACGUCACUGUUGUGACAGGCCCGUUUAGUCGCGAACAUUGCUGUCUGUUGCUGCGCCAAAAACCGAUGCAUUAUUCAUUGUUCGGUUUGGAGGGCUUGUACUUGAGGGCUGAUCAUUUCUAAUACCAACUAAACGGCCAGAUAAAGGACAAAUCUACCGGAUGAAUUAAAAAAUAUCCACUUUUGAAACAUUCAAAAAUAUAUUCUUUGGACAAAAAGUUUUUUAAAAAUCGUUUUUAAGGCUUUUCAUUAUUUUUUAACAAAUGUUACAGAAAAUACGAUUCAAAACUAACAACAGUAAACUCAUAAUUAGUUUAAAAACACAUGUAUUUAGUUAACAUUAAUUAUAGCCCUUAAACAAAUACAUUUAGCACAUUUUAAAUAGAUAAUGUCAAUAAUUCUGAAUACAAAAGUGCUCUGAUUUUGAUGUAAUACUUUUUGCUUUUUUUUAUUUUCGAAAAGUGGAUGAUAUGAAAUAUAUGUAAAGUUUAUCACCACUAAUACAAUGAAUGUUUUUACCUGCAUCUAAAAAUGAUCUAAUUCGCUUCCUAACAUGUUAACCGCCUCUAUUGAACAUUUAAUAAACACCUGACACAAGAGCGUAUAAUUAUAGGAAUCCAGCUCCCAUUAGCUCUCCAAUCUUUCCACAAACACAAUGUCUUAAGCUAUUAAUUAAUACUGAUUUCACCGAGACUGUAGACGGGUCCACAGUGUUUGCGCACCUCAGCGUUUGGGGCAGGAUUUAGACGCCAAAAGUAUUGAAUUAUCGAUUCGGAGCCUCGCCAGUAAUGGAGGGCAUGGAAGUGUGUGUGGGAAGGAAACCGCUGAGCGGGAGUGCGCGUGCUGUCCUUCGUUGGAACACAUGCACUGGGGUCGGGGGCGCGCAAAUCCUGGACUGUCCCAUAAAAAAAUAAAUACUCCCAAUCCCAUGCAGUAACAUCAAAUUGUUCAGUUUUCUUUACUAACAGUUUGGAGAAAUUAUAAUAAUUAAAAUUGCACUGUCUUUGGAUUUUGACAACACAAUUUGAAUAAUACAACUAUGUUUUAAGUGGAUUAAAAUGUCCUAAAGC